UGUUAACAACACUAUCAUCAGUCCCUCCCCUCGCCUUGACUACUGUAACUCCCUCCUCACUGGUCUCUACCUCAUCGCAGGCUAUCCCCUCUUCAGUCCAUCAUGAAUACUGCUGCCAGACUUAUCCACCUUACUAAACGUUGUGUAUCUGCCACCCCUCUCUGGCAAUCCCUCCACUGGCCUCCACUCAGUGUCCUCCACCCCUCUCUGCCAAUCCCUCCACUGGCCUCCACUCAGUGUCCUCCACCCCUCUCUGCCAAUCCCUCCACUGGCCUCCACUCAGUGUCCUCCACCCCUCUCUGCCAAUCCCUCCACUGGCCUCCACUCAGUAUCCUCCACCCCUCUCUGCCAAUCCCUCCACUGGCCUCCACUCAGUAUCCUCCACCCCUCUCUGCCAAUCCCUCCACUGGCCUCCACUCAGUGUCCUCCACCCCUCUCUGCCAAUCCCUCCACUGGCCUCCACUCAGUGUCCUCCACCCCUCUCUGCCAAUCCCUCCACUGGCCUCCACUCAGUAUCCUCCACCCCUCUCUGCCAAUCCCUCCACUGGCCUCCACUCAGUAUCCUCCACCCCUCUCUGCCAAUCCCUCCACUGGCUUCUAAUUGCCCAACAGAUAAAAUUCUAAACACUAACACUGACGUAUGAAGCUGUUCAUAACGCCCCCCCAAAAUUACAUCACCGAUCUUGUCUCUAAAUAUCACCCAAACCGUACUCUCCGCUCCUCGCAUGACCUCCUACUCUCUAACUCCCUUGUCUCCUCCUCCCAUGGUCGUCUACAGGAUUUCUCCAGGGCUUCUCCCAUCCUCUGGAACUCCAUACCC